CUGCCCUGGCGAUGUCGCUUCUGCUGUUGAGCCUGGUGGCGCUGUGCAGGAGCGCUAUGCCCCGAGAGCCGACUGUUCAGUGUGGCUCUGAAAACGGGCCAUCUCAAGAGUGGGAGAGCCCACACAGUCUGACCCCAGGAGACUUGAGGGAUCUCCAAGUGGAACCUGUUAAAACCAGUGUUGCAAUGGAGGACUAUUCAAUUUUGAUGAAUAUAAGCUGGAUACUCCGGGCAGAUGCCAGCAUCCGCUUGUUGAAGGCCACCAAGAUCUGCGUGAUGGGCAAAGGCAAAUUCCAGUCCUACAGCUGUGUGAGGUGCAAUUACACAAAGGCCUUCGAGAGUCAGACCAGACCCUCUGGCGGCAAAUGGACGUUUUCCUACCUAGGCUUUCCUGUGGAGCCGAACACACGCUAUUUCAUUGGGGCCCAUAACAUCCCCAAUGCAAAUAUGAAUGAAGAUGGCCCUUCCUUGUCUGUGAAUUUCACCUCAGCAGGCUGCCUAGACCACACAAUGAAAUAUAAAAAAAAGUGCAUCGAGGCAGGAAGUCUGUGGGAUCCAAACAUCACCGCUUGUAAGAAGAAUGAGAAGACAGUAGAAGUGAAUUUUACAACCAGUCCUCUUGGAAAUAGAUACAUGGCUCUUAUCCUGAAUAACACCGUCAUUGGGUUUUCCAACGUGUUGGAGGUGCACCAGAACAAAGUAUCGCGAACUUCUGUAGUGAUUCCGGUGACUGGGGAAAGCGAAGGUGCCGUGGUCCAGUUGAUUCCAUAUUUCUCUACUUGUGGCAACGACUGCAUCCGACACAAAGGAACUGUUGUGCUUUGCCCACGAACAGGUGUUCCCUUCCCUCUGGAUACAAACAGCAGCGUGUUAGGAGGCUGGCUGCCUCUCCUCCUCCUGUCUCUGCUGGUGGUCACGUGGGUGCUGGUGGCCGGGAUCUAUGUAAUGUGGAGGCAUGAAAGGAUCAAGACCACUUCCUUUUCUGCUACCAUGUUACUGCCCACCAUUAAGGUUCUUGUGGUUUACCCAUCUGAAAUAUGUUUCCAUCACACAGUUUGUUACUUCACUGAAUUUCUUCAAAACCAUUGCAGAAGUGAGGUCAUCCUUGAAAAGUGGCAGAAAAAGAAGAUAGCAGAGAUGGGUCCAGUGCAGUGGCUUACCACUCAGAAGCAAGCGGCAGAUAAAGUAAUCUUCCUUCUUUCCAAUGACAUCAACACCGCGUGUGACAGUACCUGUGGCAAGAGUGAGGGCAGCCUCCAUGAGAACUCUCAAGACCUGUUCCCCCUCGCCUUUAACCUUUUCUGCAGUGAUCUAAGAAGCCACACUCAUCUGCACAAAUACAUGGUGGUCUACUUUAGAGAGGCUGAUACCACAGACGAUUACAGUGCUCUCAGUGUCUGCCCCCAGUACCACCUCAUGAAGGAUGCCACCACUUUCUGCUCAGAACUUCUCCGUGUCAAGCAGCAUGUGUCAGUGGGGAAAAGGUCACAGGCCUGCCACAAUGGCUGCUUUUCCUGGUAG